CCGGUUGCCACACCUUUUUUUCCCAGUCUGUCUUCGCGACAAACACUUUUACUGAGUCGUGUGAUACGAGUCGAUCUUCAAGCCACAAUCAGGAUGUCAAAACGAAACGUUCAGAAAGACAAAGAGCAGUGCCUUCGUUGCCUGCACUGCAUGAAAGUGAUCCGAUGUUCCCGUUUCGAUACCGGUGCUCUAUUGCAUCACAUCGAAGAGGAGCAUCCGGAUUUAUUUGCGGUGGCCAGUUCCAGGAUCAGAAAUAUUUACAAACUCACCUCGGAUCGGAGCAGCGGCGAAAGCCUGUCGCAUAUCAGAAACCUAUCGAGUCUAUCGCAAACCGAACUUAACGCAGCAGAUUCGGAUCAAUGUAAGAACAAAAGGAGGGUCUCUCGCGAUAGCCUGGCCAAAAAAACAUCGACUGCCAAGUGCAAUGUGGACCAAUGUCCAAGCUCUAAGGACAAGAACACAUGUCCAAAACCCAAAACCAAUAAGCCAUCAUUACCGUGUCCGCACAACAACAUGGAGGCCUUUCGAAAGAUGGCCUAUAAAUCCUCCGUUAGGCGAUGGUGUGCCGUGGACGGCAGUCUUUUCUGUCCCUGUUGCGGAUAUAAGAAGCGUCCAGUAAUCAAAUGCGCAUCGGAUUUGAAUUCCGGAUGGUGCUCGUGGUCCUUUUGCUUUCUGCCUUGUCUGAUGUCCUCGGAUAAUAGAGAGUACCUAUACUGCUGCCACUGCAACACCUUUUUAGGCGUCUACGAUCGCGAGAAAAAUAGUGUUAGGCCCAACAAGGAGUAUGCCUAAAAUCACAAUU